AUGAAGUAUAUGACGAAUAAAUUGAGUUAUUCAAGAAAACAAAAAAUAUUUGUAAUUAACAAUUGCUUGUUUUUUUCGUUUAUUUUGUUUUAUAUUUCUUAUUAUUUUUUCUUCAAUGGACUUAUUUACCCUGCUGUGAAGAUCGUCUUUCAUGGGAGCGUGAUAGCAAAUCAGACUAUAGUGUACAAGAACUCAAUUUUGGAGUCAAUAUGGUUGCUAUAUACAAACGGCAGUUAUUUUAAUAUGGGCGUGCUGCUCAUAUUUUCAAUAAUAAUUCCAAUAUUAAAGUUUGUUAUGGUGACUGACAAUUUUUAUAGUUUCUUUAAGCUAUAUAAUUUAGGUUUAAAAUUUAAUGAAAAUGAAAAAGAGGAUGCAAAAUUAAUUUACUACAUUAAUAUUGUAAAUGAAAAUGAAGAAUUUGCUUUAAAGAAAUUUAGUAUUUUAAGUUCAAUCUCACGAUUUCAAUUUGUCGAUGUAUUUAUAUCAUUGUUUAUUGUGUCUUCAUUGAAUUUAUAUUUGUUAGAAGCAAAGAUAUUAAUUGGAGCUUAUCAUUUUUUAAACUAUUGUGUUAUAUCAACAAUAUCUUCUUAUUUAUUAUUAACAUUUAUGAAGAUAAAAAUAAAUAUAUUUAAAGAAGGAAAUAUAAAAAUAUUUUCAUCUCGUGAUGAAAAAUCAGUAGCUGGAAAAAAUACAGACAACAUGUUAUGUAAUGGAAAAAGAGAUAUUUUAAAGAAAGAAAAUUCAAAAAUAGAAUUUAAUAAAAUAUACGAUAGUAAUACCACAAAAGAUAGUCAUAAAUGGAGUAAAAAAAAUAAAAAGAAAGGAACUAAAGAAGUUCUAAAUAAUGAUAAUAUGAAUACGACACAUAAGAAAAAAAAAUCUGAAAAUGAUGGAAAAAUCGACCAUAUAAAUAGUAAAUAUAAAAUGAAUGAUAGUGAAAUUAAAAGUUUAGAAGAAGAUACAUCUGCUGGAAAAACAACAGGUGAUGAACAUAUGUCACCAAAUAAACAAAAUGACGAUGAAGAUUCAAUUGAUGAUGAAAAUGUUACAGAAUAUACUUCAUAUGAUAAUAAUAUUUUAUGUUACAACAAAUUACAAUCAUUAAAUAAUGUGAGUUAUUUAUAUAAAGUAAUGAAAAAUAAUGAUGCAUAUAUAUAUUUAAAAAAGAAAAAAUUUAAUUUAUUAUUAAAAGAUAGUUUUCAGAAAACUCGUUCAAAUAGAAUAAAAGUAGCACAUACAUUUGUAUUAUUAUUUUUAUUAUGUUUAUCUAUAUAUUUUAUAACAUUUGUAGAAACAGAUAUGUUUGGUAUAUAUAUAUAUUUAAAUUUUUUCAAUUUUAAUAUAGAAAGUGUAAUGAUUGAUUAUAUAGAUAUGUUAAAUAUAUUAAAAUUAAAAGUAAAUCAAAAUUAUGUUUUUCCAUUCUUUUUUAUGUUUCCAUUUAUAUUCCCUUUAAUUAUAGCCGUAUCAUUUAUUUUAAGUAUAUUUUUUAUGAAUUUAUAUUAUGUGAAUUUUUCAAUAUGGUAUAAGAAAAUGACAGCCUUUAGUGAUGAGUUAGUAUUUGAUCCUGAAGUCCCAAAUAAUCAAAAAAUAACAAUAUCCGAAAGACAUAACUAUUUAUGUAUUAAAAAAGAGAUUGAAAAAAAUGACAAGUUAUCAAACACAUCAGAUGAAUUAUCUUCUCAUAAUAAUUCAACCAUAACAAGUAGCAAGAGUGAAGAUAUAAAUACCGAAUUUGUUUAUAGUGGGCUUUUAAAUUUUUAUUUUUUAAUGUCUUCUCUUUUUUCUAGUAUAUGCUCAAUAUUAUUACACAUGUCAUUAGGAGAAAUAAUUGCAAUAGCUAUUAUAAUUUUUUAUCAGAUAGUUAAACAUACAUAUAAUUUAAAUAUUUUAGUACUAUUUAAAACAGAUAAAAUUCAUUUUUCAAAAUUUAUAUUAUUUAUUGCUUUUGGUUUAAUUUGCUUUUCAAUUAAUAUGUAUGUAGCACAAUGGGAGAAAUUAAUAAAAAAGUUACAAAAAAUAAGAAAACAAAUUCUUCUUUUUGAAUCUAACAGAUGUAGUGAAAUAGUUGAUUUAAAUAUACAAAAAAAUAAAAACUGGACUAUACCUAUUUAUACAUAUUUUUUUAAAUACCUAAUUAAGCCAAAUCAAAUUGCUCAUAAAAAAAAGAAAAAAAUAGACAUAUCCGAAGAUAAUAAUAAUAGCCAUCUAAUUCGAACUCAAUCUAGUAGUGUAUAUGAUUAUGAUGCAAACAGGAUGUACCAAAAUAUGCAUUUAUCUAAUGAUGAAGAAACAUUAAGUUAUUUAAACUCGUCAUCUAUUACUAAUAUUAAGAAUAAGAAAAAAAAUAAAAAUUCUACAGAAGAUCCAACAGGAGUUAUGAAUAAAUAUAAUAUCCAAAAUAAAGGAAAUAAUGAUCGAUUUAUAAAUUCUGGAAUGCGAAAGGAACAAUGUGGACCUGUUAGUUUUUUAUUUUCUGAAGUUAAAAAAAGAAGUUCUAAGCUUGGUAAAUCAAAUUAUGGUAAAAAAAAACGUAGUAUUACUCAAAGUUAUGAGCAAAUAAGAGAUGGCAAUGAUGACAAUAUAGAGGAUGAUGAAGAUGGAAUAUAUGAAGAAGACAAAAAUGAAGAUGAAGAUACUGCAUCAAGAGAAAAUGGAGCUAUUGAAGGAAGUCAUAAUUUUUUAGAAAAAUCCAACUCACAAAAUAUGCCAUAUAUUAAAAGUUUUAUGCCAAUUAAAUCUAUAUUAUUAAUACAAUUAGAAAAAUUAAAAGCAAAGAAAAAAAAAGAUAGAGGAGGAUAUGGUAAUAAGUUUGGAGAUAAAUCUGAAUCAAUAAAUAUGACAAAAUUAUUUCGGUAUUUCCAUAUAUUAUUAUUUAUUUUAAUUAUUUCAACAACAUUAAUGGGAUUCUUUAAAAAUGAAGGUGUACUUAAAUUUAACAUGAAUUCAGUAAAUAAAAGAUUGAAUAAUUAUUUUACAUCCCCUAAUUUCUACGCAUUUAUACCUACAAGUGUUGGUAAAUGCAAAACCAAAAAAUAUUUAGCAAAAGAACCUUGUUAUGAAGUGGGACGUAUAUAUCAUGAAGAAAAAACAUUUUAUCAUGCUACACUUUUAUUUUUACAAGGUAUUAGUUCGAUUAAUAUUGAUAAUAUAUAUUUUUAUUAUGAUCAAGGAAAAUAUUAUUUAACAUUCAAUGGAUAUUUUAAACAUAUUAUUGGUCCAUUAUUUUUAAAAUUAUGUAUAGGAUCAAAUUUUUGUCCUAUAAGCACUUAUGCCUAUUUAAUAGGAAAUAAACCAACAUUUUCUAUAACUAUAGAAGCUCAAUGUGAUGAUUUUGCAGCACCAAAUUAUAUUAGCAAUUUAGUUGUUAGUGAUUUACAAAUUACUAGGAUUGAAGUUAUAAAACAUUCCGAUAUUAUUGAUAAUGUUGAUAUAAAACUAGAUGAUAUACAAGAGAGAGUUCAAGAAAAAGUUAAUUCAAUGCUAGCUGAUCAUCUUCAAGUUAUUAUAUGGAAAAAUCAAAAAUAUGAUAUAGAGAGUUUUAUUAAUUAUUUGAUUUCAAGAAAUUCUCUUAAUGGUUUUAGUUGUCAACCAUAUAAUUAUUAA